CGGGGCGGGGCACAGAGAGAAAACCGGGCUGGGAGUUGAGGCCGCCCCGGUCCCGCGUCCCGGAGGCACCGGGGAGCAGCAGCGGGGGGAACCGGGACCCGGGGGCGGGUCGCUGCAGCCGACGGUGGCUCCAGACUCGGGCCGGUGUGUGUGUGUGUGUGUGUCCCCUCCACUACCGGGGGCGGGGAGCGGGACCCCGGCCCCGACCCGCCCCGGUGGAACCGGGACACGUGUGCGCGCCGCUGCGCGUUCCCGGGACAGCGGCACCGCGCCCGCUCUUCUCGUUUCCUAUUGGCUGCGACGCUCGUCACUCAGCGGCGCCGUCGGGGUUUUCCGCGUCGCUAUUGGCUGCGGCGCGCCGUGGCGGCGCCGCCCUGUGGAUCGCCGAGGACGCGCGGGUACGCGGUGACGAGCGCUCCGGGGAUGAGAAACACGGUGGAAACGGCGGCGGCGGUGGGUCGGAGCUUCCCCCGCGGUGGGCGCUGAGCUCCCGCAUCGGAACCCGAGCGGGAUGGCGGCGGGAACCGGGGCCGGGGCGGAGGAGCUGGCCUGGAGUCCCGGGACGGCGCCGCGACCCCCGCCGGGCCUGGAGGCGAAACUGGGCUCGCUGGUGCUGCUGCUGCUGCUGCCCCUCGGCUGCGGCCUCGCCCCGCUCUGCUGCUUCCGCCAGCCCCCGAGCUCCGCCGAUGCCCGCAGCCCGGUGCUCAGCCUGGUGAGCUGCUUCGCCGGCGGCGUCUUCCUGGCCACCUGCCUGCUCGACCUCCUGCCCGACUACCUGGCCAGCAUCAGCGCGGCGCUGGAGGGGCUGCGCAUCACGCUUCAGUUCCCCUUGCCGGAGUUCAUCCUGGCCAUGGGCUUCUUCCUGGUCCUGGUGCUGGAGCAGGUCGCGUUGGCGCAGCGGGAGCCGUCGUCCGUCCCGGAGGAGACGCGGGCUCUGCUUCCCACCGGCUCCAUCCAAACCCCUUUGCCCCAGUCGCCCGUCCCCAGCGCCCGGGGUGCCAUCCGCGCCGGGUUACUGGUGCUGGCGCUGGCGCUGCACGCCGUGCUGGAAGGGCUGGCGUUGGGCUUGCAAGAAGCCGAGGGGGCCGUGCUGAGGGUCUGCCUGGCCCUGCUGCUGCACAAAUGCGCCGUGGCCUUCAGCCUCGCGCUGAAGCUGCUGCGGGGCCGCCUGCGCCCGCCGGCGGUGGUCGCCUGCUUGGUGCUCUUCGCCAUGAUGUCGCCUUUAGGCGUGGGGUUGGGGACGGCGGUGGCGGCGGGCGCUGGGCCGCGGCAGCGGUUGUGCCGGGGGGUGUUGGAGGGGUUGGCGGCCGGGACCUUCCUCUACAUCACUUUCCUGGAGAUUUUGCCUCAGGAGCUGGGGGUUCCCCAGCAUCGCGUCCCCAAGGUCAUCUUGCUCCUCGCCGGCUUCGCUCUCGUCACCGCCAUCCUCUUCAUCAAGAUCUGAGACGCUUCCUCUGCGGGGUGGGGGGGGAGACACCACCCCCCCCCCCCUUCCCCAUACAGAACCAAGAAGGGGGUUCCCCUCUGCACCCCCUCCUCUGUGCAAGUGCCAAAGUGCCCUCCAGGGGCUGUUCCUGCCCCCCACCCCCCGUGCACCCUGGGUGGGGGGGCCUUCUUGUGGAGACCCCCCCCCCCCCAGGGUGAGGCUCAGCUCCGUGCCUCAGUUUCCCCAUCUGCACAGGGGGAACGGUGCUGUCCCCGCCCCCCGCGGGACUCCAAGAUGGGGGGGUGGGGUGGUGAGUGUGUAUGUGUGUGUGUAUGUGUCGUGUCCCCCCCCUCACACCCACAAGUGCCCUUACAGCGGGGGGGGGGGGGGGCGUGUUGGGGUGCACAGCCCCGGCCCCCCCCAGGACAGGGAAAGGUGUUGGAUGAAGCAAAUAAAGGACUGAACCAGA